AGUCUGGGGCGUCUGUGCUCUCCAGGGGGCCUUGGGCCCAAGUGGCCCCCCUCAGCAGCGGAGACAUUCAAAGAUAAUCCUGGAUUAGGACCCAAGCCCCGGGCCCAGGUCCCCCGCCUGCCCACCCGCCCCUGAUCUUCCCCACAAAACCCCGGGAAAAUCCCCGGCAGUACUCCCAGGCUCUCACCGGGAGCAGCUGGGGGCUGGCAGGAGUCCGCGGGCAGCAGCAUCCGCUGAGGCCCAGCCUGGGCCACCCCCGGGGUUCCAGGCCUGGCAUGGUUCAGGGCCCAUGGGGAACUGUGCCAAGAGGCCCCGGCGCCGGGGCCCUAAGGACCCCUGGCAGUGGCUCGGCUCCCCACCAAGGGGCUCCUGCCCCAGCCCCAGCUCCAGCCCCAAGGAGCAGGGGGCCCCCAGGCCAGGCAUCCAGGGCUACUCAGUGCUCAACAGCCUGGUGGGGCCUGCCUGCAUCUUCCUGCGGCCCAGCAUUGCUGCCACCCAACUCGUAUGACCGGGAGCUGCGGCCCGAGGAGAUUGAAGAGCUGCAGGUCGCCUUCCAGGAGUUUGACAGAGACCGGGACGGCUACAUCGGCUGCCGGGAGCUGGGUGCCUGCAUGCGGACCCUGGGCUACAUGCCCACCGAGAUGGAGCUCAUCGAGAUCUCCCAACAAAUCAGUGGCGGGAAGGUGGACUUUGAAGAUUUCGUGGAGCUGAUGGGCCCCAAGCUGCUGGCAGAGACUGCAGACAUGAUCGGCGUCCGGGAGCUGCGGGACGCCUUCCGGGAGUUCGACACCAACGGGGACGGCCGCAUCAGCGUGGGCGAGCUCCGGGCAGCCCUCAAGGCCCUGCUGGGGGAGCGCCUCAGCCAGCGGGAGGUGGAGGAGAUCCUCCAGGACGUGGACCUCAAUGGGGACGGCCUGGUCGACUUCGAAGAGUUUGUGCGAAUGAUGUCUCGGUGAGCCUGUACAGAAGCUGGAGGCAGCAGACAGGACUCAAGGACCACAGCCUCUGCCCACCAGCAUGUUCUUUGAAGCCCAUCACCUCCAGCAGGGACACCCCUCUCCUCCCCAUCCCACCUGUGUGCAGCGCCCUUGCCUGCCUUCACCCCCACCACCACUUCUCCAAUAAAGCUGCCUGGCCUCGUCUCUGU